AUGGCAGAGGAUAUAGCUCGUUUACAACUCUUUCAAAGUUUCGUGACUCCUGUCGAACGCUUGUCGAAAGGAUCAGACAUUGAUCAAAAUCGUUUAGAAUGGAUUGAAAAUAGACUUAAUCAUCCACCUCCUACUGAUACAAAUGAAUUAGCGAACUUGUAUAACUCAGCGGUCAGCUUAACAAACAAUCUUGAUAAAAAAUUAGACUAUUGUUUGCGUCAUUUCAAACCGCUUGAAGAGACAGGUCAUAUGACAGCUACGAAAUUUAUUCAGCAUCAUAUUCAAAUUGGUGACAUUUUUUCUGAACAAGUUCGUUUUGACGAUGCCUUAAUUAAUUAUCAAAUCGCACUGCAAAAAGCACUCGGAUCUAAAUCAACAACAAAUCCUCUGUUCGGUGAUUGCUAUUAUAGAAUUGGUUUUACUUCUCUAAAAUUAGAAGAGUUUGAAAAAGCAUUACAGUAUUAUAAAAACGCUCUAGCUAUUUAUUACAGAUCACUUCCACCAACACAUCUAAGUUUUCAUAAAGUAUAUUUGGCAUAUGGAGUUUGUCUGGCGAAUUUCAAUCGUUACGACGAAGCAAUGGAAUAUUUUCAAAAAGCCAAAACUACACACGGACACAGAACCAACUUAUCUUGCAUGACCAUAGACGUAUAG